UGACAUACCAAUUCAUAAAAGGGAUUGGGUCAGUGAUUGGCUAAGAGCACUCGGCUUAUCAUUGCCUCCAACCCCUGGUGUGGCAUGAAGUGGACCAUAACCCCUGGUGUGGCAUGAGGUGGACCAUAGCAUAACCAUUUCAUCAAUGAGGCUAGGCAGCAGGCUGCAGUCAGCUAAAAUAACUUCAGUCUGUUGAAGUAGUUUUGGUACCUACAGAGUCCCUUUUUAUGGAGCUGUGAUUUAUUUUUUUCCUCCUUUUUUUUUUUUUUUCUUUCUUUUUUUUCUUUCUUUCUUUCUUUCUUAUUCCCUUUCUUUUCAUUUACGUUGAUAUACAUGAUCUAUAUUUAUUGGGCUUGAGGUGUGCACUAGAUAAAGGUAUAAAACCAGCACAGCCAUGUGUCUUCUUAACACUAGGUGUGUGUGUGUGUGUGUGUGUGUGUGUGUGUGUGUGUGUGUGUGUGUGUGUGUGUGUGUGUGUGUGUGUGUGUGUGUGUGUGUGUGUGUGUGUGUGUGUGUGUGUGUGUGUACACACACCCAAGGUGAAGAAAAUAAUUGUUUCAAAAACACUUCCAGCUGAAUACACAAAUCAAUGCAGCUUUAUUAGUAUGAACAGCAUUUGCAUUAGGAAUUGCUCCACAGGAGGGAGCCAAAGCCCUUACACGGUUCAGACCCGUAGGAAUGUACCCAAGGUCCCAAAUAAUGCACCGGGAAUAAUGGGGCUGAAUUGACAUAGGGUAUCACAAUAUGCCAGCACAGCCUUUCACUCAGUAUAAAUCCAAAUUUAAUAAAACAGAGGGAUAAAAAAAAAAAAUCUAAAGCCCAGCAUUAAUGUCCAACUCUUUGUUGGGUGACAUUGGAGGCAUGAAUUCAAGUAGCCUCCCAGUACACUGUCACCUCAUUUUGCAGGGUCUACUUUGAAACCUAAAAUAAUAAAACAUGGGUUUUUUUGUUUGUUUUUUAGUGGGUUUUUUUUUUUUUUUUUUUUCACAGCAAGUUAAAUUAGCCACGUUUUGUUUUAUUGAUAAUUGUGUUCUCAUAACUGAAAUAUUAUCUUUAAUCUUACAGUAUUUACAAUAAAAAAUAUAGACCUAGUAUUAAACAUCCGUAAUAAUACAUCCAUAUUUUUUUGUUAUAAAUUAUUCUUUUAUUCUAUUAAAAAAAAAAAAAUUGUUUUUGUUUUUUACAACUUCAUAAAAAAAAUAUAUACUGAACCAAGGCACAAAAUGAAGUCAUGCUAUGUUUUUAAUUAUUCUCUUAAAAUUGUGUUGCUCAUAGUUGAAGGAUCUUUGGUAGAUUUCCAUUUGCAUGACUGCUAUUUCUUGUACGAACUAUUUUUGGUGCUAUGGCACAACAAGGUGCUAUCAGGUUUUUAGUUGCCUGAACUUGUCAUAACUGUGUAAAAUGCAACACCAAAAGUAAUACAAACUGGUAUAUGUGUUGUGAGUGCAAAAUGUAUCACCUAGCUGGGUAACUUCUUAUUUUUUUUAUUUUUUUUUAAAUUUUAUUUGUUAACAUUUUUCUUUGCAUUCCACAUCUAUUUUGCUUGCUUGUGUGUUUGGUUUAUUUUUUAUUUUUACUUUUUUAACAGUUUCUAUUAUCUUAAUAUUUGUUUAUGCUAGUGGUACACAUCUAACUUUCUCAUUUCUGUUUAUGCACCAGUUCUAACAUAUGUUAAAAUCAUUGAUUUAAAAAGGCGCAGUCUAAGAAGCAAAUCAGGUAGGGGAGGACAGGUGCAUGAUGGGAAGUAUUGUACUCAACUGAAGAGAGCAGUAAUGUUCAAAUGUAUAAUUGUAUAUCAUUUUAAACCUGUUUUUUUUUUUGUUUUUUUUAAAUUUAUUUAUUACAACCUACUUUUUAAUUUUAUAUAUAUAUAUUUAUUGCUGUUUUCUUUUUCUUUUUUUUUUUCUUAUCAUUGUAAUGUGUUUUUGUUAAGGUGUCUUAUGCACUUCCCUUUCCUUAUUUUGUUCUAUAACUUCUAUUUUCCUUUUUUUUUUUUUUUAUUUCUUCUGUAAUUUAAACAUUUUACUUUUGUGAAAUCCUUUCCAUGGGUUUCAUUGGUACGCAAUGUUGUGGACCACUGCUUGUUGUUGCGAUACAGAAAAGCCUGUGUCUAUUUUAGGCAUUUACUGUACAUUUGAACUGUGAAAAGCGCGAGAUUGUGUCAUCUCAUGCUCGCCUCCUGCAGGUCUCGUCCUGCUGAGAUAUGGACUAAGUUAAGCCUCGUGAGUACUUGACCCCUCCUUCUCUCUGCAGCCAAAAGAGUAAGAACCGCACAUUGGAAUUGUAAUUACCUUUUUAGGGAGCAAUCAAGAGAAGUAUUUGCUUUUACUUUUAAUAUGUUAAAUACCGUUAUCACUUUCCUUAGUUAAAAUAUACAGACUUAAGUAAUCACUGAAAUCUAUUUGCACAAAACUGUGUGUGUGUGUGUUUAAUGUUAAGUUCCAUCAAUUUCUCAUGGCAUGCAUCUAAUGUGUUGUGAAGCUACUGUACUUUGUCAUUAGAACUGUAAGCUCCAUUUUUUUUUUUUUUUUUUUUUUAGUUAUACAGUGUGUUCUAUCGUGUACAUUUAUGGAACUGCAAUUCAACUUUCAUAAACCUUUGGUACUUCCAUGAACACAUUCUAACAGACCACCCCUUUUUUCCCCACUGACAUUUCAAAUCAAAUGUUUUUAAGCCCAUGCAGUUAACUGUACACAUAAAAAUAUUUUUAAAGCGCCAAUAAAAUAUAUAGUUUUAAAAAUUGUGGCAAAGCAUUCAAACCUAUGUUUAAACUUUCUAACACUUAAUAGCAGAGCAUUGUACAAACUGUAUUAGUAUUGACCAUCCUGUAUUCGUCUCGGCCAUGCAAUCCAUAAUAGCGACUAGAACAUGCCAUGUGAACAGAAAGUCUUUAACAUUAUGUGAGAUAUUAAGAAAUGGUCUCCCUAAGGCGCAUGGACCUUGUUUCCACCAAACCCAAAGAAACUGUCCUAAAAAAAAAUCUGAUCCUUUUUAUUAAGGUUCCAAACAAAAAUGUGAAGUUCUGGCCACACAAGGCCUUUAUCAAACCAUUUUGGGCACAUUUGAGUUUGACACCCUAAUAAACGGAUCACUGUCUCUGAAGGUUAGUGUUGGAUAUUUAAGUAUUAAGGGACAAAUGCAGGUGACUUUAUGGAAUGAUCAUUGAUCCUAAAAAAACAACCCUUUCCUUAUUUGAAACUUGCUAAACAUCAGCUUUUUUUCCCCACUAUAGUAUUCUUUAACUUUUCAAACCAGUAGGCUUGGUGGGAUCCUAACAGCUUUUAUAAAGAUAGUGUAUUUUACAUAGCAGUGUUUAUGUAGUCUGCAUAUUUAAAAUAUGGCACAUCUAGGCACAUCAUAUCUAGACUUUUUUUUCAUCUAAGUGAAAAUGUAAAUAGAUUUUGUAUACACUGGUAGCAUUCAGUUUGAAAACUAGACUUUUGUUCAUGUGGUUAAUAUUUAAGGUUUUUACAAAACACUCAGGAGCUUUCUAACCGUGAAUAUGCACAUAUAUGUUUAAAGUAAAAUGACGCCUUGCUAUAAUUACAAUAAAGCGUUCUGUAACUUUAACUGACAUCUACCAGCAAUCUGCAUAUUAAUUUUGCUUUUUAAUAUUUCUCUCAUCUAUCUACUGUUUACAUUAUUGUAGAGCAUAAAACCUUUAUCCUUAGCAGGAUGUUUUAAUUUACAAUUAUUUUUAUUUUUUUCUUUCAUGGUUUUAAUGUGCUUCUAAUCUAGAGUAAUAUUUUUUUUUUUAUUAUUAUUUUUUUAACUUUGAAUAAUACAAGGUGUUGGAUAAAAAUUAUAAGUGUUUAAAUCAAUUAUUUAUCAUUUGUAGGCCUUACACCUAAUUGUUGUUCUGACUAGCAUGCAUUCAACAAAUAGUUUCAUCCUCUGAUUUAAUCAGUGCUUUGAUAUACUUGGACCAAAAAGAAAAAAUAUUAUUUUUUAUUUUAUUUUUUGUGUUUUUGAUGGGGGUCUUUAAUUUAAAAAUGGAAUCUUUUAUAUGAGUCCUCAGAUUCUCAAGUGUAAUAUAUACGAUUUUCUAUUUGGCUUUUAUCAGUAUGUCUCAAGUGCUUUUGUAGCUAUUGAUAAAAUCAUUCCGUAUCAUAGUGAAUGUUCUGGAAGGGUAAUGUGUAUUUUUAACAAGAAAACAAUAGCUCUGUACGCUCCACAAACACUAAUCACAAUGUAGUGGUUUUGGUGCGUAUCUUCUGUGCCUUCCUCAUGAAGACUUUAAAGGAGCACUCCACACCCAUAAAGGACUUCAGAGAUAGAAAAUGUAGCAGUGCUUCUUAAUAGGAAAUUGUCUGGGACAGCAAGGCUUUGGAAUUUGUUAAACUUGAGCAGAAAACAAAAAAGUAAAAAAAAUAGGUUACUCUUAUAUCCUACAAGUGUUUGACCAGGAAGCUCCAUGAAAAGCGCUGUUGCUGAUCCAAACACAAACCUGAAACUGAAAAAUAUAGUGGGUGGGGAAGAAAAUAACUCUAGGAAAAUUGUACGUGUUGUGCUUCCCUAGCAGUUUGGAAAGUUUCCCUGGUGUGAGGAUCAAAACACAUUCCAUUAAAAUAAUAGUAACCCAAAAAUGCUAAAAUACUCCAUUCUAAAUGUUCUACAGUAUUGUCAGACAUUAUAAAACACCACUUCUACGAUGUUUGUUUUGGUUUUUAUUGCUUUUUGUAAAAAAAAAAUAAAACCCUGAAUUUAUUUGAGCAGUCAUAGCAAGCAAGAGUAACACCUUUAUGAAAUUCUGAGGUGGUGUUAGAUCACCACAGCUCUUCAAACUAUGUAAUUGUGCAAUGUCUUAAAUUCUUAGAAAUAUUAGCUUGUAAAAAAAACUCACAGGGGGUUUCCUUGUAUUGGUUGGACACACUCACUCUUUUCUUUAGUUUCAGAAUGUAAAUGAAAUUGCUAAUAAGGUUUUAUAAAAUAUAUUAGAAUCCCACUAACCUUCUGAGUUUCCAUUGCCUCAAGUGGCUAUCAUCUUUCUAAUUUUUCUGUGAUCUUGCCAGCGAUUGGAAAAAUUAUUCCACAUGGGCUAAAGCAUCUGAUUUGCUAUGCAUUUCCAUUUUUUUAUUCAUUUUUUUUUAUUUUUUUAUUAGUUUUAUAUUUUGAGUGAAUGAAUGGCAUCAUACAUUUCUCACAAAUUUAGGACAAAAUUAUAGAUUUGCCUUGAUCACUCCAUAUUUAACUCCACUGCAUGGAUCAUGCCUUAUUUUUCUGUAAAACAUUUUUGUUUUCUCACAAGCUGUAUUCUAUAAACUAUCUUUAUUCUUACUUUAUUUAAUACUAUAGUUGCUGAAUCUACCAAUGAUGGAAUUUCUCUGUUCUUGUUUUUUUCGUUGCAAAAGUAAAAAUAAAUUAAAAUUCCAAUUUUGUGUGUAAUUUUUAUAGGUUUCUUGGUUUGUUUUUGUAAGCCUGUAGAGGCAAUUUAAACAUGAUUUUUAUUUUAGAACUGUUAAGAUUUAAAAAAAAAAAAAAAAUACACCAUAUAGUAAGGUUUUUGUUGUGGGUGUGGAAAUAUAUAUAAAGUUUUCUAUUUCUGCACAUUUAGCAUUUUCACUAACCGAAUAUAUAGUUAAAUACUAUUGCCACAAUAACAGAUGCAGUGCUACAAAUGUUAGAAUUAUUAAGGACUGCCUACAGUCCUUAAAUUUUGUGAUGGGGACAAAUAGGUAAGAGCAGGUUGAGGUCCACCAGUAGGAGAAAUGUAAAUUUCCAAGUAAAAUUGUAAUCUUGCAUGCUUUUUAUAAGCAGUAUCACUUUUUGUAAACCUAUGUAUCCCCAGUUUGAAUACAUUGAUUUGCCUUAUUUCUAAAACCAUUCACAACCUGUCAUAGUUCAAUUUUGUUAUAUAUGUCUGGUAUUUAUUUUUAAGUAAAGGUCUUUCUAAUUCCAUUUCUAAAUUACUUCUUUAGGUUUCACCGCAAUUACAGCCACCAAUCCUAUUUGGUUAAUUAAGACUCGACUGCAGCUUGAUGCAAGGUAAAAGUCAGACUGUUUUCCUUCAACUAUAUUAAUAUUGUUUCUUUUGAGCAUGUCUAAUUAUGGACUAAUAAUUGUGUUCAUUGUGUUAUAGAGCAGCAAUGUAAUCAAAUGUAUAAUAAACUACCAUAUUGUAUGAUUAAAGCUGUGAUUGUACUAAUUAAAAAAAUAAAAAUGCAAAGACCUCAACAAGAGUUCUUAUUUACGUAAUCUCAAUUACGUGGUGAGGAUGCAGUGGCCCUGUAGCAUUAAUCUUGCAAUGUAAAACAUCUAUGAUGCGCAACACACAUGCAUAUCAUCCUCUAUAAGAAGCAGGACUGUAUUUACCACAAGGCAUUGUUUGCCUUGUGUCCUAGGGGGCCCAAGAGUAGGCUGCCACCUUAGGGACCCCCCCUAGGUGUUAAAGUACUAAUAUUCUUGCCAGGCGAUGAGCAAGAUAUGUCCUUUUAGAUCAUAAUUAAAGAUCUUAAUUGGUGAGUGUAUGAGAAAAUAUCUGUGUGUGAGAGUAUGUUUGUGACUGUCAGUGUGUGUUUGUCAGUCAAAAAAAAAAAAAAGGCCAUAACACUAAUUGGUGGGGCAAAUUAAUUUAAGGGGGUGCCGAAUUUAGUUGUGCCUAGGGCAGCACAAAUCCAGAAUACACCACCUAUAAGAAUUUGAGUGGGCUAGAAAACAGUAGUCAAAACCUCCAAGCAUUGCGGGCAGAACCAAGUGAGGCUCAAUGCUGUAAUGAACCAGGUCAGUGGAACACGCAAAAUGGAAUUAUACAUCAGAAACAGAUUUUUGCGCAUGUGCAAAGAGUUGAUGGGAAAUGGCAAGAUGUGGUGCUAGAAGCUGUAUUUUACUUCUCCUUUUGCCAAAACUACGCACUUUCAUAAAACUAUAAAAGAUGGGUUUUAUUUUAUAUUCUCCGAUUGUGAUGGACUUUCAGUGACAUUGCAUGCAGUCUUUCUGUUUUUCUGUCUCUGAAAUAUCUUUCGAAUUGACAAUGAAAUCAUGACAUUUGUGGGUUUGUUUUUUUUUUUUCUUUAAGUACAAAGGUUGGAAAGCAUGGACAUCAAGCAGUAACACGUGAGGGAGAUGUCCUCUCGUCCUAAAUUUACACAGUAGAGUGUGAUUACAGUGCUCUCCAUACUGUGUGUGCUGGGAUAUCCAUCUGCAGGUGUCCGUAAUGAUGUCAGCAGAGGGAAUCCUUCUGGGUUAUGCUUAGUGUAGUGUAGGGGUUCAUGAAGGGCUGUUAUACAAAUCGAUUUUUUUGCUUUUCUUUUUUUUGCACUUGAUGUGCAAAUAUAAUUAUAUAAUUCUGUCCUUGAAAAAGCAAUAUGUAAUGAGUGUAUGAGUGCUCUUAGAGAGAAACCCUUAACAAAAUAAAACCAGACUGGCUUUUGACCAAAACAAAACUUAGAAUGUGUGCUGUGUGUUUCACUGUAAAUUUUUCCUUUCUACAAUGCAAUAUAACAGCUGCUAAAAAUAAAUAAAUAAAAAGAUAACCUUACUCAUACUGCAGGCAAUUUGUGAAAAAGUGAUUUUUAUGUAGAGUCUUCUUUGGUUCUUCUUCCUUCUAGAAAUCGUGGUGAAAGAAGACUGAGUGCUUUGGAGUGCAUUCAAAAAGUAUAUCAAGUUGAUGGCCUUAAGGGUUUUUACAGGGGAAUGUCUGCCUCUUAUGCUGGCAUCUCUGAAACUGUCAUCCAUUUUGUAAUUUAUGAAAGUAUUAAGCGAAAACUGCUGGAACAUAAGGUUGCAUCAGCCAUUGAUGAUGAGGAUGAAUCUGUAAAAGAGGCUUCAGACUUUGUUGGACUAAUGUUGGCAGCAGCAACUUCCAAAACAUGUGCCACCUCCAUAGCCUACCCACAUGGUAAGAAUACCCAGUGCAGAACUUUACAUUUAUAUAAACUGUUGUAAUGUUGCCACCUAGUGGUCCCUGUACAUUUUACAUCUUCAUUCUUUAUGAACAACAAAGACAAAUAAUGAGUCUGUUUUCUGUGGAGAGCUGUUUAAACAUGUGUGCAGUCAAGAUAUCUUGGCCCUUUCAACUUAAAAAUUGUAAAUUAAUUUUUUUUUCCAUGUAGAAUGCUAACCAUACUGUUUAACCACUUAAGGACCAAACUUCUGGAAUAAAAGGGAAUUGUGACAUGUCACACAUGUCAUGUGUCCUUAAGGGGUUAAGCGAACAGUUUACUAUUUCACAUAUGGGCAAUAAGUCGUAUUUGUUUGAGAAAAUACUCAUUAUGCACAUCUUAAGGCAUGAGUGGGUUAUGUUGAAGCUCUGUAGUGACAAAACACAUUUAUUUAUCUAUUUUUGUGCUUGAUAACUAUCUAUAUAGCCUGCAUCUUUCAAGAAUGUGCUGAAAGAAAUUCUUCUACAUUGAGGUUUAAUUACACCUUUAAUUUAUUCAUGUGGAAAUGUUUCUUAUCAGACUUUAAGGGACUUGAUUACGAGAUAGUAACUUAUCAUUUGAGUUGAAAAAGACACAGGGUCAUCAACCUUUGACCAAUCUCUGUUUCUACAGUUGAUCCAAAAAGAGACUUCAUUAAUGCUGUGAUUUUAUACAGCAAAGUGACCUUAUCAGAAUUGAUGUUUUAAAACAAAGCAUUAAAGUUUUACUGGAAAAAACUUUUCUAUUUUUUUUUUUUAUUUUGCUACAUGCGGAUCGUGCUUGCCAAUUUCUGCAACUCUGUAUAAAUAAGCAGAUAUAGCAGACGUUUAGUUUUAUAGAUUUGUCCCAAUUUUGAAUAGUUCAUCAUCUGUUUGAUCUAUUAAGCAUUAUUUUACACUGUUUCAAUUAAACUAUAUUCCAAAGGUAGACUGUGUAAAUUUAUUUGUGUGUUCUGAAUUAAACAUUUAAUGUUUGAGAGUCCUUUUAUCAGUGAAGCAUUGCUACAUGGACGUAACCAUUUUACACAGUGUGUUUGUGGAUGCGUUGGAUUAUCCCAAUGCUUAUUUGUCUCUAAACAAACCAUCGCUAAGUAAUAUAUAAUUGUAGCCAUGUUGAUGGUGACAUUCCCAUCUGUUGUGAAAAUGCUAUUUAUGGGUAUUUUUUUUUUUCCAUCUACACCAGGGGAUCCCAACCCAGUCCUCUGUACCCCCUACCAGUCCAGGAUUUAGGGAUUACCCUGUUGUGUUUAAGGUGAUUUUUUUUUUAUUUUUUGAUUUUUUUUUCUCCCUUUCUAAAAACACCUCGGACACAACUGGGUAAUCCCUAAAUCCUGGACUGUUAGGGGGGUACUUAAGGACUGGGUUGAGAACCACUGAUCUACACCAAUGCAAUAUAUGUUUUGUUUUACAGAUAGUGAUGUCACGAACGGUUUGCCGCGGACGGCGAACAUAUGCGGUAAACUUUGACCCUGUACCUCACAGUCAGCAGACAAAUUCCAACCAAUCAGCAGCAGACCCUCCCACCUCCUGGACAGCUCACUAAGAAUGCAGCUUCACAAUGAAGAAUGCAGCUUCACAAUGAAUGUAAAAUGGAUGCUGUCCAGGAGGUGGGAGGGUCUGGGAGGGAGGGUCUGCUGCUGAUUGGCUGGAAUGUGUCUGCUGACUGUGAGGUACAGGGUCAAAGUUUACCGCAUAUGUUCGCCGUCCACAGCGAACCGUUCGGGACAUCACUAUUUACAGAUUUUUAAAAAGCCUAAUUUUGUGUUUUAAAAAAAAAAAAAAAUUGUAAUAAUUUUGUGUUGCAGAGGUUGUACGAACGAGGCUACGUGAAGAGGGGACAAAAUACCGAUCCUUUUUCCAGACAUUGUCACUGGUUGUCAAAGAAGAAGGCUAUGGAUCACUUUAUCGUGGCCUAACAACACAUCUGGUCAGACAAAUCCCUAAUACGGCGAUAAUGAUGUCCACUUAUGAGGUGGUUGUUUAUUUGCUAAGUGGAUAG